AAUUCAGUACAGAGUAGAAGAAGUAUCUUUCUCUCUCUCUGUCACUCUGAAAAGAAAAAUGCUUUUCCUAUUUUUCGCGUUUCUUCUCUCGUUGCAGCCGUUCAGGGUCAGAGGCGCGUGCACUUUUCUCGACCAUCAAGCAUGUGACGAAGUGUGUAAGACGGAUAGUUUUUGGUAUGGACAUUGUAAUGGGUGGGAUGGGUUCAAUUUCAGCUGCAAAUGCUAUGAAUACAUUACCCCACUAGAUGGAAGUAUUUGCGAAACCCGACAAAUGGCAUGCUCGGAAAAGUGCAAGGAUCAGGGCUCCGAAGGCGGCUUCUGCUUCCCACAACUCGAUUCUCACAAAUCGCUCCGCACCGCGUGUGAAUGUUUCAAGAAGCUGCAGGUCUUGCGACGAAAGCGCCGAAGCAUUCAGAAGAGGUCUUAUAAACGAGUCUGAACUUCUUUUUAUUUGCUCCCUAUGUUUAGAUAGAAUAUUGCACAAAAAUUGAUAAAACGAAUAAAAUUGUCAUUAU